AUGAAAAUACAACAAAAGAUCGAUACAUUAUUUUAUAAAAAUGACGACGUUGGAUCAAUUAACGAUGAGAUUCUAACUUAUCCAAAAGAUACAGAUUUACAAGAAUUAGAAGUUGUAAGAAUAACAUCAAUUCCAAAACCACCUAAAAAUUCAAUGAAAAUCACAUUAGAUGCAGCUAAAACGGCCGUUAAUUUUUAUGAUGAUCUUCUAUUGCCACAAGCGUUACAACUGUUCGAUUGUGAACCAGAUGAAUAUCAAGAAAUGAUAGAAAGAAAUAAUAAUCAACAAAAAAUACUAAAUUUACCAUUGAAUAUUUUCGCAUUUAUAUCAUUAACGGGACAUGGUUGUGCAUUUUACAACUAUAAUAGAAAUAAUAUUGAUGUUAAACAACUAUUAUCAAAUUUAGUUGAAAAACAGCUAUUAUCAAGUGGAAAAUAUUUAAAAUCAUCCAUGAGACCUGUUGACUGCUGGAUGAGAAAACUGCCACAAUCGGAUGAUGAGAAACAAGUUCAAGAAUUUGAGAAAAUAUUAGUGACUGAUUUUGGUAUCACAUUAGAAAAAUAUGUAAAAGAAUAUGAAGAAAAUAAUUGUUACCCGACUAACUUGUCAUUAACUGAUAUGGGUAUACAAGAAAUUUUGAAACAAGAACGACAUCUAUCAUUGUUAAAGGAAAAAUUAAGUAGAAUGAAACAAGAAGAAAGGCUACAAAAUGCUGAAGAAGAAAGAAAUAUAUUAGCUGAUACAGUAAAUGCUGCUGAAAAUUUAUUGGAUGAUAUUGUACGAAGAGUUCAGCAUACAGUUAGUCCAACAGUAUUAACACAAAAUGCAAUGAAUCUGUCACAUCCUGAUUACAGAAAAACUGACGCUCAUGAAUCAACGAGAGAAGAUAUUGGAUCAACAAACACAAAACCCGUCAAAAGACGUUUAUAUACACAAUUUCGUGAUGAUGACAUACUUAGCGAGUUAAUUGGUACACCUAUUAAAAAAGCACGUUUUCUUGGAUCUGAUGGCAUUUUAAGACCUACAGCAACAACGUCUAUAAUAAGUGCUGAUUUAGAAAGUGAUGCACUCAUCGACGGAUUUAAUGUUGAAGAUUCAAGUGAAACAGGUUCAUUCAAGAGAAAAACUUUGAUUUUUCAACAAGAGUAUCGCUUAUUGUUGUUUAUUUUAGCUUUAACAUCGCGCUCAAAACAGCUGAGAAACGUAACAAAUGUAUUAUCAUCAACAACGGAAAAUACAAUUAAUAAUAAUGAUGACACAUCAAAUUUCCACAUUGUAGGUUUCGUUAAAUCUUUUUCUUUACUUUUUACUUUAGGUGAAGCUGUUCAUUCACCACUGCAUAGUAAAUCAAGUACCAUACCAUCAACUGAAGCAAGUUCAACAGUAACGUCACAAUAUCAUCCAACAAUAACAAUAAAUACUGUUGAGAAACACUCAAUAUCUGAAAAUAUGAAAAUAUUAUGUAAAAACUUUUAUUAA